CGGGUCCCUUCCGCCCUUCCGCUUUCUUUCCCAUCCUCUGGUUCCUCUCUCUCUCUCUCUUUCGUCCCCGCGAACCUCCCUCGCCUGUCGUUCAAGCCCUAAAAAUUCAUCCUUUGGGGUUUGAUCUCCGGGCAUAGAAUCAGAGGGAGCGAAGGAUUCGGAUCGAUUCGUUAUUGGUGGGACCUUAGCGUGGAUUCUUUGGGGCUGGCAUAGAUCAUGGCAAAUACGAAAGGGGCUGCUAACUUUAGGAACUCGGCAUCUAGUGGAAAACAGUCGUUCCUUCCUCCGAAAAGCCCCUUUCCGACCAUGCCUGUGUCUUAUUCUGACUAUGGGACCAUAGGAUCGAAGGGCAUCCCAAAACCAAGGGAGGGCCACAGACACCAUCAGCGCACUUCAUCUGAGAGCUUUCUUGAGGAGCAGCCAUCGUGGCUUGAUGAGCUGCUUAAUGAGCCGGAGACACCCGUGAAGAGGGGAGCUCAUCGCCGCUCGACAAGCGACUCUUUUGCGUACUUGGAUGGAGCUAAUAUUUAUGCUAACAUGGAAAACUUAUCACAGGAGGAAGGCAGGCAGCGGGGCAUCACCUCACAAACUUUGUGGGGAGCUCAGGACUUUGAUCGCCAACAUGCUCCUUAUUAUGCUGAGGCAAAUUCAUUUGGGAAACCUCAGAAUAGAGGAUGGGAAACCAUGAACAUGGUUAAUUAUCCAAGUGGUGCUCUAUUGGCGAAGGACAAGACUGUGCAUCCAGGGUCAACAUGUGUUCCAAGGGAUGCUGAUGCAGCAACAUCUAAUGUUACUGAGAAGAAGGAGCAGGAGCAAUCUCCACAAGAUUCAAAGGGUAUCUCUGAAAGAAAGAAGGAAGGCUCCCAUGCUAAGCAGUUUGAUGUGGACCCAAAACGAGUUAAACAGCAAUUUGCUCAGCGCUCUCGGGUGCGAAAACUCCAGUACAUUGCUGAACUGGAGAGAAAUGUUCAAGCCUUGCAGGCAGAAGGAAUGGAAGUUUCAGCUGAACUGGAAUUUCUGGAUCAGCAGAAUCUUAUAUUGAACUUGGAGAACAAAGCCUUGAAGCAACGAUUGGACAGUUUGGCUCAGGAGCAUCUUAUAAAACGAUUCCAGCAGGAGAUGUUGGAGCGAGAAAUUGCCCGGCUUCGAUCAUUGUAUCAACAGCAGCAGCAACAAUUGCAACAACCACCUGCUCCAACCCAUGGUCGCAGUAGCAGUAGAGAUCUCGAGUCACGAUUCGCCAAUCUCUCUUUGAAACACGAAGACCCGAAUUCUGGGCGGGACCCAGUCACAGGUCCUCUCAAUAUUUGAAGUUUUACUUGCAACCCACCUGUAUGUGGCGUUAGACAUUGUGUUCCACCUCCUCAUCCCACCAGCACGUGGUCUCCAGACAUCGCUUGGAAAGUGAGCUUGAAACUUGGAAUCACAUCCAAGGUGAAUAACAUCAAGAGGUCAAUAACUUCAGUCUGAUCUUUGUUCCUUUUUACUCGGUUCCAUAUGUGCGCCUGGCGGUCAUCUUCAGCUUCUGUCCGUUUGUUGAUGCUCGGCCGUCGGAGGUGUUAGGUUUUGCUUGUAGUUUCAUGCUUUUGCCACAUCUCUGUAUUCUUAUGAGCUACCACUUAAUUAAUUUCUUUGAUCUUGUUUUCCACCGCACAGUUUCUUUGAAGCUCACUAAUUCAAUGUCUGGAUCCUUUAGGGUGCCAUGAAUGGUUUGUAGAUGUUUAUGCAGUAUCCAAAGGGUGCAUCGACAACCUU